AUGUCUUUCCCUAACCCGAAAGCUGUACCCUUCGCCCCUGACCCUACCCCUGCUCCAGCUCCAGCUCCCAUACCUCCAACGGGUGUACAACCAAGGCGACCAAGUGCACGAGGCUCCAACCGUGAAAUUGGCUACGUCACACAAGCUGAAAACACAAGUUGUCGUCUCCGAAGCUACAAAGGAAGUAUCGGAGACGGACAAACCGAAUGGGGUGAUGACGGCUUUAUCAAUGAAGAUUACAGAGUUGGUGGGCCAUACAUGUGCUCUCUGCCUCUCACCAUUACCCCACUGCCAAGACGACACAGGCUCAAUGCCCUGAAAGAGAAAGACAGGAUUCGCAAAGAGGUCCAUGAUAUCCUAGCUAGUAUCGGAAUCAAGAAACCUCCAAUGCACAUUGCCCGGUGUACUUCACAAGUCAAACCCGAACACAGACCAAUCACUACACUAUUCAUCCAUGCGGAGCGUGAGAACCGCAUCGACCACAUAUGGCUCGAAGCUUCCCUUCAGAUCUACCACUUCCUGUCUGACAAUGAUAUGCCGGAAAUCUGCGUGGAAAUAGCAGACUCACGGAUCUACAAGCCCUACAAAUUCGCACCAAUCCAACAAAUCCCCUCCAUCUGGCAUUGGGAUCGCAUCAUUGCAGAAACCACAAAACGGAUCGAUUUAACAGAUGUCAUUACAAUCGGAUGUAUGCGUGUCCAGGCUCCAAUUGCACCGAACUAUGUCCCAACCGUCCUUGUCACAGUGGAAAUGGAAAGCGAGCGAGACUUUCGCGAGAUGCGCGACAUCAUCACUGCUAUCCUGGAUAAAUACGGGCUGCCCACGAUUUCUGUUCUGAUUUUGAGAGACGAGCUCGUUACAAAGGCCAAAGGAUCACCAGGCUUUGAUCGCACAAUGCUGGAUGGAGUAGCCCGAGCCGGUAGGAACUUCGGAUCAGCGAGAUCCCACCUUAGCUAUGGGAAGCUUGGGGGGUUCGUGGAGCUGGAAUUCGAUGGCACGGACCUGGACCCGAUGAUUCUUGGUGUGACCUGCUUCCACUCCGUUCGCAGUGAUAAAGACAGUCACGUAGUCUCUCGCCAGAAGAGAUUUGCCAAAUGGGACAAGGAAGGAUUGAACCUAUUCGAAGAGCAAAAGAAGAGAGAAAUCUGUUUCGUCGAGCAGCCACCCUUACACGAUCUAACCCUACAACUCCAAAUCAACAAGAAACGCAUCGCUACCAUCAAAAACCAACCAAGAUUCCAAUCCUGCCGCUAUCACGAGGCAAAUGGAAUCCUCCACAACCGACCAAAAAAAGAGCAAAGCAGCUACAGAGUCUGGAAGCAAGAACUCGCCGAGCUGACCGAAUUCAACAAUGAAAUCGAAGAAUUCAGACCAAAUGCUCGCCUCGGCUAUGUAGCCGCCUGCUCCGGAAACAGAUUCCUCCAAAAGACAAGCGAAUGGAGUUCCAAUACCUUCAACGUGAAGAUGGACUGGGCACUAUUGGAAAUCCUACAGGCGCGAACAUCCACCAACCAAUGUGACUGUCACCAUGAAUACCUCCACCAACUUACCGACGAAGAAAUGGAGGACCCACAAGCUACAGCGUUCUGGAUUAAUGGAAUCGGCGGCCCUUCUCAAGGCCGAUACAAUGGUCUUAGAACCUGCCUCGUUUCUGAGCAGGUGGUAGAGGGGGUGAAGAAGACGACUGGGUGGUGGUGGCCGCGCCUAGGUGGUCGUGAUACAGGCUCCCUAAUCCAUUUUUGGAAAGGAGGUGUUGUCGGUAUGGUUAGUAGCAUGCUGCGGUACUCGAAGAUCACUUUCUUCACGCAUGUGAAUGACUUGCUGGCGGAUAUUAAGGACCAGACAGGGGCUUCGAAGGUGCAGAUCAUGGGUCCACCCCUGGAGGAGGAAGAUGCUCAUGAGGAUGAUGAUGAGGGGGUGGACCUUGAUUCUGAGCCCGAAAUAUGA